AUGCUCAACGAGAUCAUCGCGAUCGCCCUAGCCAGGCAUAAAGACUUCUCUGACAUCGCUGGAUUUUCCCUUGCUUCGUAUAUGCUCCGUCAAAUUGCCUUGAGAUGCUUCUCGACUUUUGCUCCCCAAUCAAGCCGCCACUGGUCUCGCUGCUGUCGGAUUCUCGGCGUGUUCUCCUGGGCACGCGCACUCAAAUGCUCCACUAUCAUACUUACCCCGCAACUUGCUCUGCUCCCCAACUUUCUGAACCUGCAGAUUGUCGAGCUUAACUUCCGGCCGGACGGACUGGCUACUCAGGCCCAACGAGCUAAUCUCCUACUGAAUCACCUUCCGGCGACCCUCACUGAACUGAGAUGCUCGAUCUGCCUCGUUCUGAUCGCUGCCCGCUGCCCUGCCCUCGAGACUCUGGACAUGACUUGUGUCGAGCGACUCGACGAAGAUUGCUGCUGGCUCUGCUUCGACGAAUCGUCAGCCUGUAUCGUACACUCGCCCAUCCCGGACGUAUACCCUGGCGUCAAAGACCUUGCGUACGGCAGCACUGGACCAAUUGGUCCGGACGGCUGCGUACUCUGCCAGCAGGACCACGCCGUGCUGGUCAGGAAGCAGGAGCUCGUCGCAAGUGCCUCGGUCGCAAGUAUUCUGCCGUCACUGCAGACCAUCUCGUGGAGCACGUGGUUCGCGCAGAAGGAGCAGGGAGACGACGCGGCGAAUAGACUCACCACGAUUUGGAUCCGUAGGGAAGACAGCAUGAUCCACGUCCGGAGGACUCCUUGGUAG